AUGUCAGUCAGUCUUGCCCGCUUUAUCAUAAGCAAUGCAGCGGACUAUCAGCUUGAUUACCCAUCUGGUAAUGCACUCUGCAUGGCCGAAAUGGCGACUGCAGUUGUCGUUGUCUGUCUUCCCGGCCUGAAGAAAUUGAUCAUGAGAUCGAGAACACAUACAAACACGACGAGCCAAGGAUUCAGCUCGAAGCAGUCAAGCUCAAGUCACUCUUCCAACAUGAAAGGAUCCAAGUCGAGGACUGCAUCGCAGGCUUAUGCGGAAUGGGGUGUCAUGGACGAUGAGAUUGAGCUGGCUACUCAACCCCAGCAAUCACACUUACCUGGAGAGCUACAGGACGUGGGGAAACUACUGUAG